UUUAUCAGGAAAGAGGAGGAGGAAGUACUGAAAUCUGAUGGUGUAGGGGAGAAUAACACACCACUAGCCUAUCAGAAAACCCUACAGUGUACCACUCGUUGAUGGAUAUGACAAAGUGAUACGACACCUCUCCCGCAAGGAGCUUUGCGGCUGGCGCGGUGAAGCGAGGCGAUGGGGACCACGGUCCGCGACCACUUGGAGGACGUCCUGGAGGACCUGACGGAAGACCAGCUGCGGAGGUUCAAAUUCAAGCUGAACAGGACCUCGGUCAGGAAGGGCCACGGGAACAUCCCCAGAGGGAGCCUGGAGACGGGUGUCUUAGCGCUCAGUGAUCUGCUGGUUAACUAUUACACCGAGGAUUACUCCGUGGAGGUGACUGUUCAGCUGCUGAACGAGAUCAACUGCAAGGCGGAGGCCAAGAAACUCCUCGCUCUCACCGGGAAGGGGACAAGUAAGCCAGGAACACUUGUGUCUGGUCAAGGUAGCGACUGGUGGUGGUGGCCAGAACUCAACCCCAACAUGACACUUCAUCAAUCAAUCAAAGAGGAAGAAGAUAUCGAUAAGACAGAGAUCCCUGAAGAAGACCCUUGGGAGAUUAGAUUUUGUGACCGAUGUCCCCCUGAGGAGAAUCUUGCAGGAGAAAUCAUGCCAGAAAUGGCUUGGGAUUCACAAAGAAGCCUUGAAAUAUACAGGAUACACUGCCCUGAGGCUGGCUCCUUCCGUUGCUACUACAGCAAUCUCAUAUUUGAGGUGAGAGAAGCUGUAACCAUAACAUACUGGAAUGAUUCAUGGAAUCAGCACCUGAAAGGAGAGAAGCCGUCUUGGAUGAUUAUCGCCGGCCCUUUGUUCAACAUCCAAGCGGAGCCAGGAGAGGCUGUGGCUGCCGUUCACCUCCCUCACUUCCUGUGUCUUGCAGAUGAAGACCCCUCCCAAGUCCAAAUUGCACAUUUUGUUGAAGAAGGGAUGAGUUUGGAGAAACCAGACAGUGUGAAGCCAACUCAUGUUGUGUUGAAAAAUCCAACGUUCUCUCUCCGUGGAGUAAUUUUUAGAGUGCUUUCAUUUUUUAAGAUAAACAUGCGAGUCCAUGCUAUGACACUGGUCUACCAGGCACCUGACACAAGCCCAAAACUCCACCUAUACCUUCUCCCCAAUGACAGAUCCUUAAGGAAGGAUGUUGAUAACUAUGAAAGGAAAUGUAAAUCAUGGAAAGUAGAGAAGCCCCCGGGAACCACAAGGCCUUUGACACUUGGCUCUUCCUUCUGUUUGCAAAGCUCAAGUGAUAUCGAAGUCAGUCCCAGGGAGCAUACGUUUGAAUACUUAGAUUCCGACAUGGAUCAACAGUACUUUGAAGUGUAUGCGGAACAGAUGCAAAAACAGCUGGUGCUCAACCUGAUGGAGAAGGACACAAAUGAACAAGUGUGGGAGGCCAAUGUGAGACAAGGAGACCUGACAUCUUUCCAUUUGCACCCAAGCGAAGAUGCUUGCAGUUCUUUUCCGACCCCUCUGCCAUCCACCAAUAUCACCUCAGGACGAAAUGUCCUGACAGGGAGGCAGCCACACAUCUCAUCAGAGCAACAUUUCAUUGAUCGGCACCGAGAGGAGCUGAUCCAGCGGGUUGCCACAGUGGAGCCAGUGCUGGAUAUAUUGUAUGGCGCUUCUAUCCUGGAUGAUGAACAAUACCAAACAAUCUCCUCGAAGGCAACCAGCUACAACCAAAUGCGAGUGCUCUACAGACUAGUCCCGAGUUGGGACCACUCUUGCAAGGAUAAGCUGUAUGAGGCACUGAAGGCCAAAAACCAAUACCUCAUUGAAGAUCUUGAACGAAAAUGAGGCAGGAAAGGCAAAAGAGGAAUGCCAUUCCAAGGCAUAGGAAAUCCAGCCAUGUGACUCCCAAAUGCCCAUUUUUAUCAAACUGGCAAGAUAUUUUCCUUUUGUUCUAUGGGGAAGGAAAUCCGAGCGCUCUACAAACUUGUCCUGAGCUGGAACUCCUUUUGCAAGGAUAAGCUGCAUGAGGCACUGAGGAUAACAGAUCAAUUCCUCAUGGCAGACCUUGAAGGAAAAUGAGGCAGCAGUGACGAAACAGGAAUACCAUUCCAAGGCACAGGAAAUCCAGCCAUGUGACUGCCAAACACCCAUUUUUAACUAACUGGCAAGAUAUGUUCCUUUCAUUCUGGGGAAAAAUAAAUGCAGGCAGGCACAGGAGCAACUGUGGGAACAAUCGGAGGCAGGGGCAAUAGCAACCAAGUGAGUGGUUCCAGGGUGAGAUGGUGCAAAGGUGGCCAUCAGCCUCUUUCAUAAGGACAGUCACCUUUUCUCUCCGUCCCUCUCCAAGGACAUGAUUUUCUUUGACUUUUUAAGGUUAAAGUGACUUUGGGGGUGAGGUCCUUCAUGGAGCUGUCAUAUCUCCUGGAUUCCAGCCCCCAGUGCUCAGAUUAUCUAUUCCAUAAUGUGUGUGUGUAAAGAUUUGCAGACCUGCAUAUUCAUUGGUGGCUAUCAAUCACGGCCAGUGCGGAUGGGGCAGCAAACCAAUCGCAGCUGCUUCCUCUUCCCAUUCCUCUCACUCCACCCCAGCUGCCUCUCUCUCUCCUUGCUCGGCUUUCACUUGAGUCAUACAAGCUGCCCCUUCCUUGGGUUGGGGAUUUCCCAACCUGGUGAAUGACCAGCUCAAUGUGAGGAAUGACCAGCCAUGUGGCUCCAAUGGAAGCCAGGGCAAGGAGAAGAGAGGGAGGCAGCCGGGUUGAGGGGAGAUGAGUUUGAAUGGCAAAGCCCCUCUUGCAGCUCAGCCUGUUGCUGCAGGGCAAUGUUCAUUUCCUCCCCGGCAUGAAUUGCUCUCCUGCUGGGGGAUGCACUUCUUGGGGGAGAACGGAGGGUGUGGGGGUUGUACUGUGUGAGAGGCUGGGACAGGAGAAGAAGCAGGGCGUGUUUGGAGUUUCUUCACUGCUUAGGCCUCGACUAUUUCUACCUCAGGAGGGGUCCUUCCUGCUGCUGCAUCCCUACAGUUCCUUCCCAAACUGCACAUUUUUCUUUAAAACAUUCCACCAACAACAACUUGGUGGAAAUUCCCACUCUGCUGAGGAGUUCUUUGGCUCGUUUUCUUGUCUUUCAGCUUAACUUACCUCACAAAACUACUGCGAAGAUAAAAAGGGAGGGAGAAGGGAAAUCUAUGCUGUCCUACGCUUCUUGCUCAGGAACGGCAAAAUAAAAAUGCCACAAGUGCAUCACUCCUAAUAACUGGGCAAAGAGGCACCUUUUGAAGUGGUGGCUCUCUUCUGUUUAGCAGGGAGAGAGCAACUGGCCCUAUCCAGCCCCAGCACAGCAUCCUUCCAGUGGCUGUGGCUGGCACCUACCUUGUGUUUCUUUUUAGAUUGUGAGCUUCUUUGGGACAGGCAACCAUCUUUUCACUCCUUUUGCUGUAUAAAUUGCUUUGAGAGCCAUUGGUUGGUUGAAAAUGGAAUAUAAAUAGUCUUAAAGUUGGUGAUAUCAAUAAUGAUCAUAAAUAAUAAAGUUCUCAUUACUGGGUUGGGGUUAACCCUUGCCCUCUGAAUGCAGAGUGCCACCUUAUCCCAACACUGCCUUAGCUGAAUUGCUGUCUAUCAUGUAUCACAGAUCCUGGGCAGGGGAAAUGAUAGCAACCUUAAGCCCCAUCCAGUCAAAGCAAUAAAAUAAGCCCCAGAAAGAACAUAAAGUGCCACCCCAACUAGAAAGAACAAACAAGGCACCUUGUUGUGUUGGAGUGCCAGUGUCGCUCUCUAAGAGCAGAAGAGAAUGGCUGAGGAAAGCCAGCUGCAUCUGUUUCUUGAGAUGAACGACCUCAAAACAGUGGUACAUAUGCUGGUAAACUCUAGGCUAGAUUAUGGCAAAGUGCUCUAUGUGGGGCUUCCUUUGUACCUAGACAGAAAACUGCAGGUGAUUCAGAAUGCAGCAGCCAGGUUGGUCUCUGGGUCAUCUAGGAGAGACGAUAUUACUCCUGUGUUGAAGGAAUUGCACUGGCUGCCGAUAUGUUUCUGGGCAAAAUACAAGGUGCUGGUUAUUACCUAUAAGGCCCUAAACAGCUUGGGUCCUUGGUAUUUAAGAGAACAUCUUCACAUGAGCCCCACCGCCUGCUAAGAUCAUCUGGAGACGUUCGCCUGCGGCUGCCACCAACUCAUCUGGCAGCUACUUGGGAACAGGCCUUAUCCAUUGCAGCCCCUGGACUUUGGAAUGUGCUCCCUGUUGAAAUAAGAGCCUCCCCAUCUCUGGCAACUUUGUAAAAGGCACUGAAGACACAUUUAUUCACCCAGGCUUUUAAUUAGAUUUAUGGUUUUAAUAUUUUUAAUAUUGGGUUUUUAAUGUUUUAAUGUUUUAAAUGAUUUUAAUUGUAAACCACCCAGAGAUGCAAGUUUUGGACGGUAUAGAAAUAUAUUAAAUAAAGAAAUAAUAAAUA